UUCGCUAGGCUGUGACACUAUGCUCACUAAAUUUUCGCAUUGUCCACCCUUCAUAUUAAAAAAUGGCUUUCAUUUCCACUUCUCAGUCUGCUUAAUGCAUUCUUUCUUUUCGAAUUCAAAUUCUCAUAAUUUCACCAAUUUCUCUGUAAUGCUACAAGGCCAUAUUUCACAUUCGCAUCUUCUUCAAAUUCAUGCUCAAAUCUUUCGAGUUUACGCACAUCAGGACAAUCUCGUGGCAACUCGUCUCAUCGGCCACUACCCAUCUCGUUUGGCUAUUCGAGUCUUUGAUCAGCUUCUAACUCCCAAUAUAUUCCCCUUUAAUGCCAUUAUCAGAGUUUUGGGUGAAGAGGGUCUUUGCUCGUGUGCGUUCUUCGUGUUCAAAGCCUUAUUGCAGCGCUCGCUUUCGCCUAACGAUUUCACUUUUUCUUUCCUUCUGAAGGCUUGCUUUCGAUCAAAUGAUGCCAAGUAUGUCAAACAAGCCCAUACCCAUGUUGUUAAAUUGGGUUUUGUUUCUGAUUCCUUUAUUUGUAAUGGUCUUCUUGUUGCGUAUGCGAUGGGCUUUAAGGAUAUGAUAUCGGCGCGUAAGGUGUUUGAUGAAAUGCCUGACAGGGCUAUGGUUCGUUGUUGGACUUCUUUGAUUGCUGGGAGUGCUCAAUCAGGUCAGACUGAAGAGGUUUUGCGCCUUUUCUUUAUGAUGGUUAAGGAGAAUUUGAGGCCGGAAAAUGAUACCAUAGUCAGUGUUUUAUCUGCAUGUUCAAAACUUGAGGCUGUAGAAAUUGAGAAGUGGGUAAUGAUUUUAUCAGAAUUCAUCAAUGAUGAUGACACGGGGAGUUUUGGUCGAGAUUCAGUCAACACUGUUCUUGCUUAUUUGUAUGGGAAGUGGGGAAAGGUUGAAAAGUGUAAGGAAAGAUUUGAUGAAAUUGUUGGAGUUGGCAAAAGAAGUGUGCUUCCUUGGAAUGUGAUUAUAGGCGGAUAUGUCCAAAAUGGUUGUUCCUUGGAGGCUUUGAGUCUUUUCCGGGUGAUGAUUGAGGAUCUCAAUCUUAGGCCCAACCAUGUUACAAUGGUGAGUGUGCUUUCUGCUUGCGCACAAGUUGGCGAUUUAGAUCUUGGUAAAUGGAUUCAUGGAUACGUGAAAUCUGAAGGUUGCAAGACUAUUCUAGAGUCAAACACAUUUCUAGCCACUGCAUUAAUAGACAUGUAUUCUAAAUGUGGGAGUUUGGGGAAGGCAAAAGAUGUUUUCCAGCAGAUGGUCUCCAAGGAUGUUGUUUCAUUCAAUGCUAUGAUCAUGGGUCUUGCAAUAAAUGGUGAAGGAGAGGAGGCAUUGAGGCUUUUCUCCAAAAUGCAAGAGCUCGGUUUGCGUCCAAAUUCUGGAACCUUCCUUGGUGUUUUAUGUGCAUGCAGUCACUCAGGGUUGUUAGACAGAGGGCAGCAGAUAUUUCUAGACAUGAUCCUGCACUUUUCUGUUCCUCCUGAACUAGAACAUUAUGCUUGCUAUGUUGAUCUCCUCGCACGAGUGGGCCUUCUUGAAGAAGCCUUUGAGGUUGUGGCCUCCAUGCCCUUUGUGCCUAACAAUUUUGUAUGGGGGGCUUUGCUUCAGGGUUGCAGGCUCCAUUCUAGAUUGGAGUUAGCCCAAGAUGUUUCCCAAAAGCUUGUUAAAGUAGAUCCGGAAAAUUCUGCAGGCUAUGUGAUGUUUUCCAAUGCCCUUGCUAGUGAUCAACAAUGGGGGGAAGUCUCAGGCUUGAGGUGGUUAAUGAGGGAAAAGGGGGUGAGGAAGCACCCAGGGUGUAGUUGGAUCAGCGUCAACAGAGAUGUGCAUGAAUUCCUUGCAGGAUCCCUAUCACAUCCUCAAAUUGAUAGCAUAUAUCAUACAUUAAAUGGAUUGGUGAAGGAAAUGAAGGUAGCAAGUGCUUAGGAAGUUGACAAGAUGAGACAUGAAGAUACUGAUAUUCUUUGGACCUUAACAAUUGAAAAUGUUUCCAGUUUCAUUCUUCCUUGGGCAAAAUAAGUUGUUGUUUAAGAAACUGAGGCCAUAGGUGUUUGCAUCAUAUCACAACACUCAGCUUGAUGCUCUUUUGCAUACUGAAAACAAAGUCACCAAUCAGAUGUUGAUUGAGAAUCUAUGCGAGUACAGCCAGGAAGGAGUCUUUUACUUCUUUCUCUUUGGUUUCUUUGCAACGUAGCGGCAUUUUCUUCUGGAGAUUCUUGUAAUCAUGGACCUGAUGACAUCUUGCAGCUCAGCUUCAUACAAUUUCUUUUUGGCGCAUUUUCCUUCUGCUGGUGUUUUCACCAAAGAACAAGCUCUCAGUAUUCUGGUCAGGAAAUCCUACUGCUAUCACUAUUGCUGCAGGCCAAGUUCUCUCUCCAGAUCCCAUCACUGAGGAGACAAACCUGGAUAUCAAGAUAAGAUAUUGGAGAGCUAGGAUUAUCAGUAGAGACUUUGAAGCAUAUCCAAAGAACAUGGGUUAUCUCAUUGCUGCAGAUCCUUUUCACCAGAUUUCCUGCAGUAAGAAAUUGAUCAUCUACCAACCAAGUCCAUUUCUAAAGAUAUUAAGCUACUUGAUGAGCAUCGUAGGGAUUAUAUCCUCCCCUAAGCACACUCUUUUCAAUCCUUCUCAUGAUGCUCCACCGACAAGAAUAUUCUCCAUCGACAAACUUUAAGCAGUUUCAGCACCGAAAGCAUAAUUGUCUCCAGCAUGUGAUUCCACAGUUCAAAAGCAACCUGUCAGCCAUCAAUACUCCUCCGAAAGUGAGAUUCGUUAGUUGAAAAGUGCUACAGUAAAAAAAAAAAGAAAAAAAAAAGUCAGUUUUACUAUUCACUAUUCAUUCAUGGGUUCACUAUUCAUAGCCAAAGUAAAAAAAGCAUACAAUACUCUAUCUACUGCUUUGUACUAUUUAAGAUUCCUUUUUUUAGCUAUUUAUUGAGGCAAGCUCCUCAGUUGUAAGCAGGCUGAAUUCACGACUAAUUUUCCCCUUCUUCUCCAUCUUAAGCUUCUCAUUCUCUCUUUUUUCUCUCUCACCAUGUAAGCCUUCAAGCCAAAGCUUUCUUCAAAGCUUUCCUACCCUUUUCCAUUGUAAGAUAUUUCAUUUCCCUGUUUCUCCUUAU